UCUUCGCCUCACGUGAUCGCGCCCGGGGAGAAAACGCCUGACCGCGGACCCUGGCCUUCUCGCCACAGCCUGUUCUCCCUGCGGCUCGCUGUCCUGUCGCCCUUCGCUGCCCUGCGCGUCCCUCCACCCCGACCCGGGGUUUGCCCGGAGCCCUGUCCACCAUGCGGCUCGUGCCUCUGGCUCCAAGUGGGCCCCGGCGGGGCGGCCCCGGCCAUCUGCCUUGCUGCGGCCGUGCCGUGUCCCUGCUGCUCCUGCUGCUGCUGCUGGGCAGCUGCCUGCAGGUCUCCGGGCGGACGACCGGCUCUCGGAGGCCCAACGUGGUGCUGCUCCUCACCGACGACCAGGACGAAGUGCUCGGCGGCAUGACUCCACUGAAGAAAACCAAGGCUCUCAUCGCAGAGAUGGGGAUGACUUUCUCCAGUGCUUAUGUGCCAAGUGCUCUCUGCUGCCCCAGCAGGGCCAGCAUCCUGACGGGGAAGUACCCGCACAAUCAUCACGUUGUUAACAACACGUUGGAGGGAAACUGCAGCAGUAAAUCCUGGCAGAAGAUCCAAGAACCACACACAUUCCCAGCAAUUCUCAGAUCCAUGUGUGGCUAUCAGACCUUUUUUGCAGGGAAAUACUUGAAUGAGUACGGAGCCCCUGAUGCAGGUGGACUGGAACACGUUCCUCUGGGCUGGAGUUACUGGUACGCUCUGGAAAAGAACUCUAAAUACUACAAUUACACCCUGUCUAUCAACGGGAAGGCACGGAAGCACGGCGAAAACUACAGCACGGACUACCUCACAGACGUGCUGGCCAAUGUCUCCUUGGACUUCCUGGACUACAAGUCCAACUCCGAGCCAUUCUUCAUGAUGAUCUCCACUCCAGCACCCCAUUCACCGUGGACAGCUGCACCUCAGUACCAGAAGGCUUUCCAGAAUGUCCUUGCCCCAAGAAACAAGAACUUCAACAUCCAUGGAACGAACAAGCACUGGUUAAUUAGACAAGCCAAGACGCCAAUGACUAAUUCUUCAAUACAGUUUUUAGAUAAUGCUUUUAGGAAAAGGUGGCAGACUCUGCUUUCAGUUGAUGACCUUGUAGAGAAGCUGAUCAAGAGACUGGAGUUCACUGGCGAGCUCAACAAUACGUACAUCUUUUAUACCUCAGACAACGGCUACCACACAGGACAAUUUUCAUUGCCAAUAGACAAACGACAGCUGUAUGAGUUUGACAUCAAAGUUCCACUAUUGGUUCGAGGGCCUGGAAUCAAACCAAAUCAGACUAGCAAGAUGCUUGUCGCCAACAUUGAUUUAGGCCCUACUAUUUUGGACAUUGCUGGCUAUAGCCUGAAUAAGACGCAGAUGGAUGGGAUGUCCUUAUUGCCCAUUUUGACAGGGGCCAGUAACUUGACCUGGAGAUCAGAUGUCCUGGUGGAGUACCAAGGAGAAGGCCGUAACGUCACCGACCCAACGUGUCCCUCCCUAAGUCCUGGAGUAUCUCAAUGUUUCCCAGACUGUGUGUGUGAAGAUGCCUACAACAACACCUAUGCCUGCGUGAGGACCAUGUCGGCACUGUGGAACCUGCAGUACUGCGAGUUUGAUGACCAGGAGGUGUUUGUGGAAGUCUAUAAUCUGACUGCAGACCCCGACCAGAUCACUAACAUCGCUAAAAGCAUUGACCCAGAGCUUUUAGGAAAGAUGAACUACCGCUUAAUGAUGCUGCAGUCCUGCUCUGGGCCAACCUGUCGUACUCCAGGAGUUUUUGACCCUGAGUACAGGUUUGACCCUCGUCUCAUGUUCAGCCAUCACGGCAGCAUCAGAACUAGAAGGUUUUCAAAACAUCUUCUGUAGCGACUGCAGCCAGCCUCUGCCGUGGGAUCCCGCACCCUUCUCUCUGGAGUGACUGUAGUAGACGUCUAACUAGUCGACACCAUGCCUGGAAGAGUUUCUGAACUGCCUUUGUUUCAAGUCCUGUUGGAAAAAGCAACCUAUCAGCUGACUUCCUUGUGUAACCUGUGAAACUGUGAACUCUGCCCACCGUCGGAGGCGGCGCUGCCCACCCUCUUCCCUUGGCUGACAGACGCUCCUGGGGCUUUGUUCUCACCGUAUCCUUUCUGUACUGGGACCUCAGUUCUUGAGUGUUCCCCAUGUGGUCAGAGUCUGAAUUUGUAAAUCCAUUCAGAUAAAUGGCAAUACUUAAGGGGAGGGUUGGGAAGGAAGUUUUUGUAACAUAGCUGGACCCAAAGCCAAAAGAUCUGUAUAACAUUUCAUAUUGAGCACCUCACUAUAAAAGUCCCUAACAUUACAUGG